GUUAGCUUCAUUCCGAGUAAACUUAAAAAACCCAAUUUUGAAAAUGUUCCGCUUUAUUGCCAUCUGUGCCCUGGCCACCAUUGCCGCAGCUGCGCCUGGUUUUGUCGAGGAGCAUCAUGUGGUGGCUGCACCAGUUGUCGCCAAGGUGGGCGCUGUGGUUCACAGUGCACCCGUUGCCACCUCCCAUCAGAGCUUCACGCAGUUCCACAACCAGGCGGUCAUCACGCCCGUCGUCAAGCAUGUGGCUCCCGUUGUGCCUGUCGUCAAACAUGUGGCGCCCGUAGUGCCAGUGGUCAGCCAUGUGGCUCCGGUGGUGCCCGUUGUCAAGCAUGUGGCUCCCGUUGUGCACCACCAGACCUAUGUGGCUCCAGUGUCCGUUGUCAAGACUGUGCCCCAUGCCGUCUCCCACCAGAGCCACACACAGAUCCACCAGAAGACCAUCGUCAGCCCAGUCCUCAAGACUAUCGCAACUCCAGUGGUGCCGGUGGUGAAACACGUAGCUGUUGCCCCCGUUGCUCACGUCUACCACCACUAAGAAUAUCAGUUUUUUUGUGAUUUUGUGGAAUUGUUGAUUAUUUGAAUAA